GCAGUUUACUUCUUGCUGGGACUGCCUAUGUGGCUAUGAAAGAAGUUGUCUCCUAGUGUCUGUCUUACUUUUCGUUUACAGUGACAAUGAAGCAGAUAAUUUUGACUGCGUUUUGUUUUUACGUUUUUGCGAAAGCCGACGACGACUCCAGACUGCCGAAUAAAUGUGAAGUGUGCAAAUUUCUGACAUAGGAGCUCCAAGAAGCUCUGCAAAGAAGUGGCCGCUCCAAAGAGGUGCUGGAGGUGGGAGAAGUCCUGGACACUGGCAAGCGGAGAAGAACAAUCAAGUACAACACCUCAAAGAAACAAGCCAGCAUUAGCGACUUGGUACAAAGGAAGGCGUGCACACCACGGCAAGCGGCUGCACUGACUGAUGCUAUCCUGAAUAUGUUGGUAACUGACAUGAGGCCACUAUCAAUGGUGGAUGAUGAAGGAUUUAGAAGCCACCCAGAGCAAAAUUGCUCUCAGUACUGAUGUGUGGACAAGUGUAGCCACCUUGGCAAUACAUGCCACUACAUUGGAGACGAAAGGAAGAUGAAGUCAAUCUCCCUCACGACCAUGCCACUAGAGGAAAGACAUUCAGCAUGCAACAUUGCAGAAUGUUUGGAAUAGGGAAACACGCCUAAUGGAGGCCAUAGACAACAUAUGUGAGCGCAUCCUGCAGUACAGUGUCCACGCAGAGCGGCCAGGCAGCCUACGCUACGCCAAGGGCUCCAGCCAGACCAUGGCCACGCUGAAGAACCUGGUCCACAAAGGGGUCAAAGUGGAUCUGGGCCUGCCUUACGAGAUGUGGGACGAGCCCUCCGCGGAAGUGACUGAUAUGAAAAAGCAGUGUGAAACCAUGUUGGAGCAGUACGAGGAGGUGGUGGAGGACUGGUACUUCCACCAUCAGGACCACAAGCUAGAAGACUUCCUGUGUGGGAGUCACGUCCUGGGAGCGUCCGAAAGAGAAUGUCUCACGGAGGUGUGGAAGGGAGACCCGGGGACCAAUGGAGGCAUGGAGGAGGUGGCGAGCGCCAAGACGCAUGACGCUGGCGAACUUUGACCCGCACAACAGCAGAGCGGUGUUACAAUCACAUCUGGACAUAUCUUUCCGACAGGCUCCGCCCCCUGAGGCCUCCUGGCUGCGCCAGCGGUCACGCUUGAUUAGCGUUUGGGAAGAUGAUGUCUUCGCUCAGCUAUUUCUGCUGGGUUUUCAUUUUAUUAAAUUUUUUUUACACGUUAAUACUGAGAUUUACUGUCUAAAAAGUGAAGGGGUGCAGCUUUUUCACACAUGUAUAAAAUGUUUACCCAGAAAUGCAAUAUGGACAGUUUUGACAUUUUAAAUAAAGGCUUUUUCUCAAUA